AUGUUCAAUAUACGUAAGAUCAUUCGUGUCCCUUGGAAUCAGUACAACAUCUUUACUCACCACGCUAGACUUAAUGUUAGCGAUAUCCGUCAGCUGAUGCCAAAUGAUGCACUAUACAUUACGAUUUUACGCAACCCAGUGAUUCAGUUUGAGUCACUUUUCAACUACUACAAAUUGGGAAAUUAUUUGAAAGUUGAGGCCGGAAAUGUCAGUCAACUACAAACGUUUUUAGAAGCUCCAGAAACCUACAACCGUAACCCUUAUACAAAAAACAACUAUUUGUAUGACCUGGGAUUCAACAACAUUGACUGGAUGUCACCACCGAAGAUCCGCAACACCAUUAAAAUGGUUGCCGACAUGUUUGACUUUGUAUUUAUUGCGGAGUACUUUGAUGAAUCGUUGAUUUUGUUACGCCAUGCCAUGUGCUGGGGCAUCAGAGACAUUGUGUACUUCAGUCAAAAUGCGCGUAAUCACAAUACAGUUAGAAAAGUAACUCCUUGGAUGGAGGAACGAAUUAAGGAAUGGAACACUGCAGACUAUCAACUGUACACGUAUUUUAAUGAGACAUUUUGGAAGAAAGUUGUCGACUUUGGAAUUGAUAGAAUGGAGAGAGAGAAAGCAGCUUUGAGGGAACAGGUGACGGCCUACAGAGAAGAGUGUAUUGAUGACGUCAUUGACAACGGUGACGGGGUUUGGCAUUUGUCUGGAGUAAAGAUUCGAAGUAAUACAUUGAAAGCAUCGGCUAAAAAUAACACAGUCUUGCGUACAGAUGACAACACCGGAACUCAGUUUCACUCGCCAGGUAGUCGAUAA